AACAUUUUGGCGCCCUAAAAUUCCUGGCGAAGAGCACUAUUACCUCGGUGGCUGUGUUUCCUCAGAAAAGGAAAGCAAAGAGGAGAGAUUACAGAAGUUUCUUCAGAAAAUGAGCGGCAGGAGUAGGCGGGAUGACUACAAGUUCCUACAAAUAGUAGAUGCCAGAGCUGCACUCAAUCAGAAAGUCAAUCUCAUCGGCGUCGUUAUCGAAACCGGUCUCCCCAAGCAGUCCAAGGGCACUGAUUGUUUUUGCACCAUUAAGAUAAUUGAUGAGUCCUAUCCAAGCCCUGGGAUUUCAGUUAAUUUUUUCGCUGCGACUAUGGACAAGCUUCCUCAAGUGCUGACUGUUGGUGAUAUAAUUCAGCUUUCUCAAGUUGUGAUGAAAACUCAUGGACCUGAGAUUUAUGCUUUGUUCAACAAGAAGUUCUCUUCAUUUGCAAUAUUUGACCGAAAAGAUAACUCAAAUUUCCUUCCUUACCAAUGUUCUUUAAAGUAUCAUGCUAGAGAGCAAGACAAGAAAUUUAUAUUGGAUCUGAUGAAGUGGUUGGAGGAUCACCGGAUCGAUACAGGUUUGACUGAUUUACAUUCCUUGAAAGAGAUCAGAGAAGGAGAACGUUUCAAUUUGAUUUGCAAGAUUCUUCAUGUAUGUGAAGUUGAAAAAGAUAAGUGGAUGCUUCUCGUGUGGGAUGGAACGGAUACUCCACCCGUCACUAUCAAAACAAAGCUAGAAGAAGAAUUGGAAAACCCACUUCCAUUGCAGUCAGUGAACUCACCUUUGCCAAGAGAUAUUCUCUGUACCUUGCCGCCUCUUGGAACUGUCUUGAGGGUAACCAUUGAUCGUUGCAACGAGAAACUAGGCAUUAACUUGCUCAAGAGCAAUCGAUGGGUGAAACUCAUUAACAUUAGAUGUGAACUUCAUACAGCAUUGUGGCAUGCUGUUAUAAUGCCCUUUACUAAGCUUUGCUACUUAUCCGAUGAAGAUGACAUCGUUUUACAGCGGAUUAGGGAUCAUGAUGAGCGUCGUAAAUCUAAAUGGGGAUGGAUGCCUUUGUCAUGCUUUCCUUGGCCAUCUGACAUAACAGAGACCGACUACCCCGAUGUACCUUUUGUCUCCUUGAUGAGAGUUCUGGUGAAUCCAAAGGUCGUAGGUAAAUUCCACUGUGUAGUUCGAGUGGUAGCGGCAUUUCCUUGGAUAGUUGAAGAUUUUCGUUCCCCUUCUGGGGUUUAUAGGAUCAGGUUGACCCUAGAGGAUCCAACUACCAGAAUCCAUGCAUAUCUGUAUGCAGAGGAUGCGGAACAGUUUUUUGAUGGCUAUCCCUCUGUUUAUGCGUUAACAAAAAAGAGGAAUUUGUUGUUUGGAACUUCUGAAGGUGAUGAUGGUAGUGAAAUGAAUGACUAUUCUAGAAAUCCACCCUGGAUCAAAUGUUGCCUAAAAUCUUAUCACAUCGAUGACAGCAAUGUCUGGGGAAGUAGGAACUUUCGAAUUUUUGCUACCACUCUGAAAGUAUAAGAGAUUUUCCGUUGUAUAUACCUCCAGUGCUUACAAUGAACAUAUGUAUUUUGGCCCUUCUGCAAAGGUACUGAUGGCAGUCGCUAGCAAGUAGGUUUGAAUGACCUAACGUUAGUUGGGUUUUGUUUUUGUAAAUGUACUCAUCCUACUUGGUAACAUAAACUAUUGUAGUUUUGCUUAAGCUUAGAGCUCCUUAUCAUAUUAUUA